AUGAGCAUGAUACAAUCAAGCGAGCCACCAGAAGACGCCGACCCUCAAGUCCAGUGCAUUUUGUGCAACGUGCCCUUCGGCCUGACCGCACUGCACGAGCACAUUGCAGUCACGCAUCAUGCCUUGAUCAUGUACACGUGCGCUUGCAAUCAGAAGUUCUUCCUCGAUCUACUGGCGCUCCAGCAUCGCAUCUACUGUGGGCAGACGCUUCACCCAACGCCAAUCGUACAGCCCGAAUACGGAGUGAAAAUCGCCGUGAUUCGACGCGAUUUCUCGGACUCGUUGAUGCGGUUCAUUCACGUCAAAGCACGAGAAAAAUGUGAGAAAAUACAUGGCAUCAAACUUCCAUUGCGGAACGGCCGUCAGGACGGUGUUACCGCUGCCCGUCCAUCUGCUUCCGGGGACACGGAGACCAGCGGCAUCAGCAUGGGAUCACCGGGACGUCAUGGGGCCGAAGACAUGUCGCCAAAGCCUGGAGAGCCCUCGCUGCCGCCCAGACUGCGUGAUUGGCUCUUCACGGAUAAGGAGUCACCGAGUAAGGGCCAUCCCGCCACACCAAUGAGGGUCUCGUUGACUCGCGAUUCGCACUCGAGGGGACGCCAGAGCAUCGCCACACCGUUGAGCCCGCCUCCGGCAAGUGUCAGCUCCAACGAUCUGACGCCGCUUCGCAUCCCGCAACAAAUCGGUUGGCGUCUCCUCCCCAUUAACAUCCCGCCUCGGCCAAAGCUUUGUUUCCCGCUGCCGGAUGAGGACCCGCGCCGGAUCAUCUACGAAUUCCUGCUC